AUGCAGAAGACAGAAACGGCGAGAUGCUUAAUUUGUUCGGCUCAAGCUACUGGAUAUCAUUUUGAAGCUCAAAGUUGCUCGGCAUGUGCUGCAUUUUUCCGACGAACUGUUGCACUAAACAAAAAGUUUACUUGUAUUACCGGCAGAGAUGAUUGUCAAGUGCAUUAUAGCAUGCAUCAGAUUUGCAGAAGUUGCAGGUUUCGAAAAUGUCUUAAAAACGGAAUGAAAGAAUCUGGUGUUCAACCGAAACGAAAACAAACCGAAACUGGACGAUCAUUUUUCACGCAAUCCGGAUUAAAAAGGAAUAAGAAAUUUUCGACAAUUGAGCCAUUAAACGAAACGGAAAAAUUACACGUAGAAACUGUGCCGAAACUUGAAAUAGCUGAUGACACGGAUGAUGAUGAAUUUGAAACGAAGAAACAGAAACCUUUCUACGAGCCUUCGUCGAGUGCUUCGCAUACACCGACCACUUGCAACACACCGAUUCCGGGGCCUCAAAAGGAAACUCCUCAUGAAGACGUAUUGUCCUGGUUGUGCAGGGAAGAAAUGAAGCUGGGCGAACGACGAAGAAUAAUGUUCUGCGAAAGACCCGUCGAGAAGCUGCUGGGACAGAAUUCAAAAUGUCCAUUCACCAAAGAAGACAUCAAACCGCUGUCAUUUCGAGCGUUUCGCAAAAGCAUCCGAACUCACAUUCUGUUGAUCUACGAAUGGCUUCAAGCAUGGCCAGAUUAUCAAGAGCUCGACAACAACGACAAAGUCUCAUUCCUCCGCAAAUGUGUCCUAUUCCACACGAUUCUCGAUCCAGUGUAUAUUUCAAUUCAAAUCGGAUAUCCUGACAAGUUCGUAAUGCAGAAUGGCGGAUACGUGUCGUGCAUCGAAUCGUGCAAUGAGGGAUGGGAGGAUGAGAAGGAGAUAUCGGGAAGGAUCAAGAAAUUAAUAUAUCAGCCGCUUCUGAAGCGAAUAAUGGAAGAGAUUAUACCGCCAAUGAUUGACAUGAAUCUUUCGUUUGAAGAGUUCGUCGCGUUGAAGGCUUUGGUCAGUUGGCAAGGUGCCAUUCCGAAUGUUUCUGUGUCCAAGAGGAAUAUUAUGAGGAAGCAGCUCGAUGCGAUCAUCACAUCACUACAUCAGCACUACACGCAGAUUGGUGACAUUCAGGUUGCCGAACGUCUUGGUCAAAUAAUUCUUCUUCUCAGCAAUAUUUUUUCUACUGGUCUCGACUUUGUUGUCAGUCAUCGCCAAAUAGAAUUCUUCGAUCUUUGGAACAUGGAUUCGCUUCUGCGGCAGCUACUCAACCUCGAUACCAUUCUUGAGGAUAGCGAAUUACGGAAAGAAUCAGAACAAGAGCAAUAA